UUUGGUUGCCAUAAAAGUGGGUCAAUCGGCUGUCGAAGAAAAAAAAAUUAACACAAAAUGUUAAAAGAAUCGCAAAUAUCGCCGUGUUAAUAACACCUUAUUUAAAUAAUUCGGUGGUGUGCCGUCUUAAAAUUGCGGGGUGCCGCAAAUUCCGGUUAAAAAUCCGCCCAAAAAAGAAAAUGAGAAUUUAACCUCACAAAGUGACGUAAAAACGUUUUAAUUAUUGUAACAAUAUUAUUUAAAUAUAUAAAAAUUAUUUGUGUUUAUUAUUUUUAUUUAAUCAACUUAUUUUAGGUUAGAUUUUUUUUUGUAUUUUUAUUUUUUCUAAAAAAUGGCAAGUAGUAAUCACAACUCGGAUAUGUAUUCUUGUGAAGUGUGCGGUUUGAGGGAUUUAACGAGCCAACAAUUCUUCGAGCACACACAAACUAAUCACAUCGAUGGGAAAUUAGAAUGCCCCUUUUGCGAUUAUUUAGUGGACGAGGCCAAUAACAUCCAGGAUCAUGUUGCAACCGUUCACUCGGAAUUCUUAACACCAACACAAGAAAUGAAUACAAUGACUUUUAUCGAUGCUAGUCCUAGUGGGAGUGAAUGGAAAAAUUUAGCUUCGAAUUCAAACGGAGUCUAUCAAAGCAGCGUUUCCCCGAAAGUUGUUAGUGGCGGUGCCGAUUUAAGUAUAAAAGCGGAAUCUCACGGACAAGGGUCCCCACAACGUUCAAAUUUAAAUUUAAAAUUAAAAAACCCCCAAGUAUUGCAGUGCCCGAUUUGCCGUUACACAAGUACGAGUCCCGGGGAGUUAGAGGAACAUGUAAAUCGACAACAUUUCGAUUUAACAUCACCAUCAAUCGGAAAUACAACCGGGGAGGUUUUCGCUUGCCCUCUUUGUUCGAAAUCAUUCAAUUCAGCUCCCGAUUUAGAGCUGCAUGUUAACAUUGAGCAUAAAGAUGUGUUAUCACCAGCUUCCCCAACAAAUUCGACUUGUCCUAUUUGCGGAUUAACUCUAGAUAAUGAUAAUAACAGUGAUGCGGCAGCUCGGCAUGUAGAAUCACAUUUCCCAGCGGGUUCCCCACAACCAAUUGACCGUGAGGCGUUAAAAAAACGUGAAGAGCGUGAAUUUGAGUUGUUACGAGCCCAAUACGGCAUGGAUAACCAAGGGAAUUUUCGCGAACAAUCUGUUACUAACAUGCAAAGGGCUGUUUAUGCCGGCGAAAUGAGCGUUGCUGAUUAUUACGAAAGAACCCUCGAUUUAAGACAAGCGGAAAGUUGUGGAAUCGAUGAUGGAAGUUCAGUAACGAGGGGAUUAAUUCCUCGAAUUAGAGCGUUAAGUAUAAGUUCGCAAAAUGUUUCUCGAACUUAUAUUUGCACAUGUGUUGAUCAUUAUGCCUCGUCUUAUGGUGAUCGAGGUUGGGGGUGCGGUUAUCGCAACACUCAAAUGCUCAUAUCUAGUUUAUUAAAACACACGGGGUAUAAUGAGAGGUUAUACACGAUUUGGCAGAAUCAGAAGCCCCCAAGGAGUUCUGUGCCGAGUAUAUCACGUUUGCAAGGGUUAAUUGAAGAGGCUUGGGCUCAAGGAUUUGAUUUACAGGGUUCUGAGCAACUUGGGAGUCGAUUAGUAAACACUAGGAAAUGGAUUGGAGCUACUGAAGUGAUGACUUUAUUAUCGUACUUAAGAAUUCGUUGCCAGUUAAUAGAUUUUCAUCGUCCGACGGGUCCUGGAGGUACCCACCCCGAAUUAUUCGCCUGGGUACUUAAUUAUUUCGAGAAUUGCCUCCAGCAAGACUUUACUCCGCCUUUGUACCUUCAACAUCAAGGACAUAGUCGUACAAUAAUGGGUAUCGAAGUGCACAAAGACGGAAGUUUGGUGUUAUUGCUUUUAGAUCCGAGUCACUCACCUCAGCAGAUGGCGCAAUUUGCCGAUACGAACACAGGUUCGCAAGCCCUAAGAUUAUUAAGGAAGGGCGAGGCUUACAUGAAAGCUCGUCAAUAUCAAAUCGUCGCCGCUGUUGGUAUGAUUGAAAGCGAGCAACAAUAUCAGCAAAGUAAAGUGUUGCGGGGUUUAAGGAUACCACAAGAUCGGUGAGAAGUAUCGAAAUUGUUCGCCAUUUGGUGGCGAACGGGUCAUCAAAAACGACCACCUGAUGCUGUUCAAAUGUAUCGCCGUUUUGAGACUUUUAAUUAGCUUAAAGAUUAAAAAACAAUCCUAAGAAAAUUUACCCUAUAUCAAAAUUUAAAAAAAAAGUAUUCAAAAAUGUGGUUCGGAAAGUACCUAUAUAUAGAUUUAAAAGAAAAAAUACAUAGUACAAAGCUUCUUAGAGUGCUGCUUGUUUCCCAGGGUUCCCCUUUUAACAAUAGGGAACUCUGCACACUUAGUGAUAUUAAAUUUGUAAGAAUCGUUCCGGUUUUUUGUUGUAUUUCUUUGUCGUAGUAUUUAUUUGUGAGAACACUGUGCCAUAAGUCUUAGAAAUAUUCCUAUUAUCAACCACUUUACACAAUUCCACAAGCAAUUGUCUUUGUUGUUUUAAAAUUAUUUGUUGUUUUAAUUACAACGUGUUAAUUACCCCACAUUUAAAAAAUAAAAAUUAUUCUCUUCA